AUGGAGGAAAUUCUCUCUGAACCUGUCGAAUCUGCUUUUCUAAAAGAAGAUGGUCGCGAACCUUUGGAGGAGGAUCGAUCGACGAAGAAGGCGAAAUUUAGAGAAGAUUGUGGAGUAGAAUAUGCCCCUGCCUGUGGUAUGUCUUUUAAGGACAAAGUUAUGCAAUCGGAAAAAGAAAGAGUGGAGUCGAUUUCUGGUAGUAUGGAGGAGUUGGUUAUUCUUGAUGAGGAUGUGUCUACUACCGUAGAAGAGGGCUUGAAAGGGAUUAAUUUCUCUAAUAGAGUGAAAGAGGAGUUGUCGAAACCAUGGCGCAAAACUGUGGUGGUUAAACUUCUAGGAAGACCUAUUAGUUUCAGGAAUUUCUGUAAUCGUUUGGAAUCUAUGUGGAAUUUUACACAGGGUUUCGAUGUUAUUGAUUUAGAGAAUGAUUUCUUCUUGGUGAAAUUGAGGAGUGGAUGCGAUGUUGUGGCUGUUUUGACUGGAGGACCUUGGGUGAUGUUAGGGCAUUACCUUUCGGUUCAGAUGUGGAAUGAAGAAUUCAACUGUUCGAUGGGUUGUGUUCAUUCGAUUCAGGCAUGGAUCAGAUUACCAGGGAUGCCUAUUCAUUACUAUAACAAGAAAGUUCUCAGAUUUAUCGGACAAAUGGUGGGCAAAGUAGUUAAAAUUGACUAUUGCACAGAGCUAGCGGAGAGGGGAAAAUUUGCCAGAAUUGCUGUCGAGAUUGAUCUAACUAAGCCUCUAGUUGCUCAAUUCAGGAUUGAUGGGAGGUUGCAGAAAGUUGAAUAUGAGUGUUUGCCAAGAAUUUGCUUCAACUGUGGCAAAUUUGGCCAUGUUAAAGAUAGUUGCCCGGAAAUUAUUAAACUAGAUCCACAUAAGGUUGCUGAUUAUGCCCGAGCUAGAGAUGAAGCAGCCGGCAUUGUAGUAACCGGAGACCAGGCAGAAGUUCAGGUCCAAGCUAGAAAGGAAAACAAUUCGAGCUAUGGUCCCUGGAUGAUGGUUGGAAGGAAGGGCAGGAAUAUUCCUCAUCGAAAUAGGGCUAGCCAUGGGAAUAAUUUGAAAACAGGUACAGAUAUGGCAGGAUCUAGAUUCCAAAUUUUGGAAGGAGAAGAUAAGGAAGAAAUCACAGAAUCUGCUAAGAAUCCCGUGAUAGGGGAUGUUGCCGUUGAAUCAGUUAAGAGUUUUGUGACUAGGAAGACUAUGAAAGGAAAGGGUCAAGAAAAUUCCAACCCUAAUAUUUUAAAGGAGGCAUCUGUUAAUCAUGCAGUAAUAGACAAUCAUACCCCCAGUAAUACGAAAGCCCAUGUAACCCAUGUCACGCAAAAAGAAAGGCCCAAGAACAUUUCUAACCCAGAAUCUCACCGGUUUAUCGUGACUCAAGCUGCAACUUCCCUGAACCCAGAAAAUCAUUCGAUGUCUCUAUCUCCUACAAACCUUCAAGCAUAG